UUGCUGUGAGCCUUUGAAACUGCUGUAAUGAACAAGCUGUUCCGCACGAUUUGAAAAUAAUCCGCGUGUCAGUGUCAUCUUUCUUAUGCAAAGUAGCUGUCUUUGAAGGCGGAUCUUUUGGCAGGUUAGACCGGGACGGAGGCUCCGACCAGCUCAGACGAGCGCUGCCACCAAACGCAUCAACUGCCUGUUUACGGAGGAGCAUAAUCCUGCGUUUCUGGGACACGUUUAUUAUUAUCACGGAGGAUAUUUAUUUCACUUAUUUUGCUGACUGACUGAUUGUUUCGGGUGCCUUGUGAGCAGCCAUCCCCGCCGCAUAAAGGACUGGAGGAAAAUAAUUUGUGUUGUUUUUCCAAGUUGUCGCACUGCUGCGCAGACAGAUAGCCUGCUCCGGAAAAGUGACAUGAAACGUGGCGUCGGACAAGUGAGGCUUUUGGAAACAAGUAGGGAACAGAUCGGAACACACAGCCAUUCUGUUACACUCACAGUAGACUGAUAUUGAUACUGUGCGAAAAACUGAGCAAGUAGCUCUUCAGCCACUUCAGCCACAAACUGAGCGCUUGAAAGCAUGGACCUGAACGCACGCUACUUCCAGCGAGAAAACAUCGUCGGACCACUGCGGGAAUUAUGUUUUUAUUAAACUCUCCAAACCUAAAAUGAGGAAGCGGUGGUCUUUCAACAGAUAGUUCUGGGAGAAUGCGUUCAACUGUAAACCUGAGCCUCAUCUGUGUGCUACUGGUCCUGUGGAGUGGUGGGGGUUCAGCCAUUAGCUCAAUAGACCCUGACUGGUCAGGAGAGGGGAGAUGUCAACAGAUCAACAUCCCCCAGUGCAAAGACAUUGGCUACAACAUGACUCGCAUGCCAAAUCUUAUGGGCCAUGAUGACCAAAAAGAGGCAGCAAUAAAGCUGCAGGAGUUUGCAACGCUGAUACAGUUUGGAUGCCACAGUCAUCUUAAAUUUUUCCUGUGUUCACUGUAUGCUCCCAUGUGCACAGAACAGGUCUCCAACCCCAUCCCAGCGUGUAGAGUUAUGUGUGAGCAGGUCAAGCUGAAAUGCUCACCUAUCUUGGAACAGUUUAACUUCCCCUGGCCUGACUCCCUGGACUGCUCCCGGCUGCCGACCAAAAACGACCCAAACAACCUCUGCAUGGAGGCGCCCAACAACGGCUCAGAUGAGCCUCCCAAAGUCUCCCACACCCAGCCUCCAGAUUUCAGGCCACAGCGGCCUCUGAGCGGACAGGACCUGCACCUUAAGGACAGCGGCAGCAAGCAGACGUGCAGCAAUCCGGGCAAGUUCCACUUUGUAGAGAAAAGUGAGUCAUGUGCCCCCAAAUGUUACCCCAAAGUGGAUGUAUACUGGAGUCAGGGAGACAAGCAGUUCUCUCUGGUGUGGAUGGCCAUCUGGUCCAUCCUCUGCUUUGUCUCCAGCGCCUUCACUGUGCUCACUUUCCUCAUAGACCCACAGCGGUUCAAAUACCCCGAGAGGCCGAUCAUCUUCCUCUCUAUGUCCUACUGUGUUUACUCUGUGGGCUACCUCAUCCGACUUUUUGUGGGAGCUGACAGAAUAGCCUGUGACAGAGACAAUGGGGUCCAGUAUAUUAUCCAGGAGGGUCUGGAGAGCACCGGCUGCACUAUUGUGUUUCUCAUCCUGUAUUAUUUUGGCAUGGCCAGCUCCCUCUGGUGGGUUAUCCUGACCCUCACAUGGUUCCUGGCUGCAGGGAAGAAGUGGGGUCAUGAGGCCAUCGAGGCCAACAGCAGCUACUUCCACUUGGCAGCGUGGGCCAUCCCGGCCGUAAAGACCAUCAUGAUCCUGGUGAUGAGGAAGGUGGCGGGGGAUGAGCUGACGGGCGUCUGCUACGUGGGCAGCAUGGAUGUCAAAGCUCUCACAGGCUUUGUGCUUAUUCCUCUCUCCUGCUACCUUAUUAUUGGCACUUCAUUCCUGCUGUCUGGCUUCGUGGCCCUCUUCCACAUUCGUAAGAUAAUGAAAACGGAGGGAGAGAACACGGACAAGCUUGAGAAGUUGAUGGUUCGCAUCGGGGUCUUCUCCGUCCUCUACACUGUCCCGGCCACCUGCGUCAUUGCCUGCUACUUCUACGAGAGGCUCAACAUGGACUACUGGCGCAUCCUGGCAGGGGAGCAGAAGUGUGUGGACAGCAGUGGGCCGGAGUCAGACGAGUGUGUCAUGAAGACUUCCAUCCCCGCCGUUGAGAUCUUCAUGGUGAAGAUCUUCAUGCUGUUGGUGGUGGGCAUCACUAGCGGCAUGUGGAUCUGGACCUCAAAGACACUGCAGUCGUGGCAGAAUGUGUUCAGCAGGAAGCUAAAGAAGAGGACGAGGAGGAAGGCUGCCAGUGUGUUCACCAGCAGCAGGCCUUACAUCAAACCUCACCCAUCUCUCAAAGGGCACAGUACUAAGUAUGAGCCUACACGGCCCCCUCCAGCAUGUGUAUGAGAUGGCUCUCUUUGUAUGAACCCAACAAUACUUGUAAAGCCCUUACCUAAACAAGACUUUGUAAUCAGAGUGUUAUCAAAAGAAUCAAGGUUUAUGUUUUAUUUAUGCAAACUGCACUAAAGAUCAUGCAACAUGAGUUUUUUUCUAUCUUGAGCCAUCUCAUGCAACAAGAGCUGCCUUUGUUUGAAAAAAUCUGCUGCUCCUGGAUUCACUUAUCCUAUUGAGGAACUUGGUAGAGAAAAAAAAAUCUUAUUGUUCCCCAGACAAAAAGAGUGGAAUAAACCAUUUGGAUGUGCCAUGGGGUUACUUGAAUAAUGUGCAAUAGAUGUUUUCCUUACAGGAAAAAAGACACUUGUACUGUUAUUGACAGAUUACAGACAAUGAAAGGACCCCAUAGACAAUGGAGGCAAAUGGUCAGAGAGAUGAGUGUUGUGUUUGGAGGCUUUUUAAUGGAAAUCGAGGCAGUGUCAUAUAUGUUUGAACUGGAGUGAGAGCAGCUGUUGAAAAGCGCUCAGGACCUUACGAACUGCCCAUUGUGAGGCAAAUCCACGCCAUAAAUUAAUCAAGCACUCGUUAUUAAAAAAAGUUAUUUGUACACGCAGUUGAGUUUUCCAUUUUUUUUCUUUGCUGUUUUAUAGCACAAUGGAACGUUUGUAUAUAUUUCUAAAAACUUCAGAUUUUAUAGAAAAAAUAAUAAAACGUUCUAGUUUUAAAUGUUUGUAAAGCCGGAA